GGCCGGGGCGGCGGCGGGCUUUACGGUAACGGGGGCCGGGCUCGCGGAGGCCAGUCGGCUCGGCCCACUCUCCGCGCCAUCAGGUGAUCCCAGCCCCGGGCGGCUGGCACCCCCGGCACCUCGCGGACAAUGCAAAAUGGCCCUCCGGAGCAGUGAAGGGCCGUGGCCCUCGGGGGUCCGCCGCAACCCCGCCCAGCGCCCCGCGACCCGCCGCCCCGCGCCGGGUGCGAACGCAGCCCCCUCGAGCCCCGCCGCCGGCGCCCCGGCCUGAGCACGAGCGUCCUUGGCGCGCGUGUCCCCAACGCCCACAUGGGUCUGUGCUACAGUCUGCGGCCGCUGCUCUUCGGUGGUCCCGAGGACGCGCCCAGCGGCGCUGCGGAGCCGCCCGCGGACGAUGGGCGGUGCACGGCGGCCCCGGUCCUGACCCUGGUCCCGGCCGGCCCCGGGGCGCGGGCGGCGGGGGACCCUGUGGCCGGCGGCGGGAACCCGGCGCGCGCGUGGCCCAAGGCGGCCCCGCAGAAGGAGAAGCGGCGGCGCGGGGACCCACAGAGCGCCGAGGAGCGAGAGGCUGCGCGGGAGGCGAAGAAAGUGAGCCGGGGGAUCGACCGCAUGCUGCGAGAGCAGAAGCGAGACCUGCAACAGACACACAGGCUGCUGCUGCUGGGGGCCGGUGAGUCCGGAAAAAGCACCAUCGUCAAGCAGAUGAGGAUCCUGCACGUGAACGGCUUCAAUCCAGAGGAAAAAAAGCAGAAAAUUCUGGACAUCCGGAAAAAUGUUAAAGAUGCUAUUGUGACAAUAGUGUCAGCAAUGAGUACCAUAAUACCUCCAGUUCCGCUGGCCAACCCUGAAAACCAGUUUCGCUCAGACUACAUCAAGAGCAUAGCCCCCAUCACUGAUUUCGAAUAUUCCCAGGAAUUCUUUGAUCACGUGAAGAAACUCUGGGACGAUGAGGGCGUCAAGGCGUGCUUUGAGAGGUCCAACGAGUACCAGCUGAUCGACUGCGCACAAUACUUCCUGGAACGGAUUGACAGCGUCAGUCUGGUUGACUACACACCCACGGACCAGGACCUCCUCAGGUGCAGAGUUCUAACCUCGGGGAUCUUCGAGACACGAUUCCAAGUGGACAAAGUGAACUUUCACAUGUUUGAUGUCGGUGGCCAGCGGGAUGAGAGAAGAAAAUGGAUCCAGUGCUUCAAUGAUGUCACCGCCAUCAUUUACGUGGCCGCCUGUAGCAGCUACAACAUGGUCAUCCGGGAGGACAACAACACCAACAGGCUGAGGGAGUCCCUGGACCUCUUUGAAAGCAUCUGGAACAACAGGUGGCUACGGACCAUUUCUAUCAUCUUAUUCUUGAACAAACAGGAUAUGCUGGCAGAAAAAGUCUUGGCAGGGAAGUCAAAAAUUGAAGACUACUUCCCAGAGUAUGCAAAUUAUACUGUUCCCGAAGAUGCAACACCGGAUGCAGGAGAAGACCCCAAAGUGACAAGAGCCAAGUUCUUUAUCCGAGAUCUCUUCUUGAGAAUCAGCACGGCCACGGGUGACGGCAAACACUACUGCUACCCUCACUUCACUUGUGCCGUGGACACGGAGAACAUCCGCAGGGUGUUCAACGACUGCCGUGACAUCAUCCAACGGAUGCACCUCAAGCAGUACGAACUCUUGUGAGGGGCUGCUGCCUGCCCGCCUUCCCGCCGCCCCCACACCCGCUCCCUCACACCCCGCAGGUGGAAGCUUCUCCAACCCCCAUGCUCAUGGUAGGACAUCAUUUCUAGUUUCACCUGGCGGCAUCUGUCCCGCUUCUGGAUACAC